AUGACGGACCGGGCGGCCAAGCGCUUACGGCGGCUCAGUACCGAGUACGAUGACUCGGAGGACAACGUCGAAUGGAACAACAGCAGGUAUGUGGCUGACAGCACUCGCCCUCGCCCUCGCCCUCGCCCUCGCCCACGCACACGCGAACGCGUGGGUUCGCGCGGGUUCGCGCCUUCUUUCGCGCCAAGGGCCAUGUAGUGAGGCACGAGGCGGCCACUUGGGGGUGCGAGCAAAGCAUGCGCUGCAGGAAGCUCUGCAUCAAGCCAAUGCCAUGAGCUCUCAGCACUACGUCGUGCCACCCGCGUGAAUCCCUGCGCACAUCCAACUGAACGAAGUCGCUUCCUGACGCCAUCUUGCGCACUCUGACUCGUCCUUUACUCCUCCUCCGUCCCUUCACUCCUCCUCUGUUCCUUCACUCCUCCGCCGCUCCUCCUCCACUCCUCCCCUCCUCCGUCACACCACCCUGCCACUCCUCCGUCACACCGCCAUGGCCCGCCUCCGCACUCGCGCAGCUCCUAACCCCCCUCCCAGUGCGCCCACCGCCUCCUCCACACGCCCACGCCGCGGCACAGCGAACCGCCACGACGCGUCGUCCGCCACUAUCCAACGCUCCUCGCCCGAGGAGACGCGCCAGUCCCUCUCUCUGACCGUCAAAUCGUCGCCCAACAAAUUGCGCCACGCCAUAGGCGUACCUGCCGUUAGCAAGGGCAACCUCAGCAACACCAACAUCGUCUCAGGCAAGCGCGCCUCGCGGAACAGUCGAGUCGUGCGCGAGGUGGACAGCGAGGAGGACGAAGAUGAGGACGACAACGACGACGAGGCAGACGAGGUCGAUGCCAUGGACGUGGACGACGACGAAGACGAAGACGAUGUAGACGCUGAGGGGAGUGAGGAAGAGGAAGAGGAAGAGGAAGAGGAAGAAGACAUGGACGCCGAGGGCGACGAAGAUGACGAAGAGCCUGUUGUGGUGCCCACAGGCAAAGCGAUACCAGUGGCUUCCAAACCCAAAAUCAGCCUCACAAAAGCACAAGAUGCAGUCGAGGCAAAAGAAAUGGCCAUGUCUGACGACGACGACGAGCUCAGUGACCCCGACUCGGAUCUCGACGACAUGGAAGAUGCCGAGGGCGAAGAUGAAGAUGCAGAAGGGGAGGAAGACGACGAGCUCGUUGGCCCAGAUGGCGACGUGGACAUGGACAGCGACGAGGACAUUGGCCGCGACCAGACGCCUGACAUGAGCAAGCUGACGCGGCGACAACGUGCUGUGCUGGACCACGAGGAGGACGGGAGCCUGCUUGCACUGAGCAACGAGGCGCAGAAGAAGAAGCACCUCACAGCCGAAGAACAUGCCAUGAGGAGGGCAGAAAUGGCGAGACGAAGGAAGAACCUGAGCGAGAAGAGGAACGAAGAGGAGAAGCUUGAUACCAUCAACCGUCUUCUCAAAAAGCAGCCCCCAAAGCGAGGUCGAAAGAGCGCCGCUGCUGAGCUUGGCGAAUCAGGGCAGGAAGAGGAGCUCGACCAGGAACGCGCCAACCCACUCUUUGUGCGGUACAUCCAAAACACAAAAGGCACCAAAAUCGCGGUCCCGGACGAGUGGCUGCAGGCUCCGGUGGGCAGUGUGUUUGCAGGCACGACAGCGCCCGCGAGUAAGACGCCUUGGAGUGGGAGGAUGGUCGAGGAGGUUACAUAG